UGAAACGUUGAAAAAAAACAACAAGCAAGAAUCAACGACAAAAAACGUGAACAGGCUUCGAGAACUUCGCAAAAGGACAGAAACAGUAUAUUUUGAAAUAAACGAAAUAUAUUGGAGAAAAAAAAUAUAUAUCGAAACAUUGUUUAAAUUAUUUUCAUAUAAAACAAUUCACCAUAAGAUUGUUCAAUAAACAAUCCGUGAAUCUCGGUGACGGCAUAUUUUUCCUCGCACACACCGCUGAGAAUAAAAGUCAAAGAAACCAUUGACAAAAAUUAAGGGAAAAACAUUUUUAAAUCGGAUGCCAACGGAGACUGAGAAAUUCAUGUAGGAGAGCAAGCCCAAGAGACUGGCGUAUCGGAAAAUAAUAAAAACAAUCCUUGAUACGGUAUCGUAACCCAACCAAAUCCCAAAGUUCUUAAAAUAAAAGACUGAAUAAGUUAAAAUCUAUAAAUCAACACUUUUUCAUUGAAUCAUAAUUCAUUGUUCGAGUUGGUGAAUUUGAGGAAGAAAACGCCAAACAAUGUCGAUUUUGAGUAGGAGUAUAUCGGUUUUGACCAUAAGAACUUGUUCCCUUCGGGCCCUGACAAGAUCAGCAAGCUUCGACAGUUCCAAGGUCAAACAGGUCGCAGAGGAUGAUAUAAAAAAAUCAGUCUUCAUUUCCCAAUCCACAGACAUUCAUACUAAUUUAGCGCUGGAGGAUUGGCUGUACAGAAAUUACGACUUUACCAAUCAUCACGUUCUACUCCUAUGGAAAAAUGAUCCCUGUGUGGUUAUCGGACGUCACCAAAAUCCGUGGGUCGAAUCCAAUGUUAGCGCUGUAGAAGAAAUGGGCAUAUCUCUUGCCCGGAGAAACAGCGGGGGUGGCACUGUCUAUCAUGACCAUGGAAAUGUUAAUCUUUCCUUUUUCACUCCUCGUGAAAGAUACAAUCGAAGAUACAACUUGGAAAUCAUCACGAGAGCCCUUUACAGAGAAUGGGGACUCAAAGCUGAAAUUAAUAAACGCGAGGAUAUCAUCGUCCAGGGUAAUUUCAAGGUAUCGGGAACUGCUGCCAAGCUAGGUCGUCCAAACGCUUAUCACCAUUGUACAUUGUUGGUGGGAGUGGACAAAUCUUUGCUGAGCACCGCACUUGAGAAAAAAGAGAGCGGGAUUGCGACAAAUGCGACACAAUCUGUACGUUCACCGGUGAAGAAUCUGAUGGAAAUUAAUUCUCAGAUACAGACCGAUGCUCUCAUGAAUGCACUUGGAUGGGAAUAUCUACGCACACGAGCCCUCAACCUCGUUGACGGUGGACACAAUCUUGUCUCACAGCAAAAAGGCUUUCAGAUGAUUAAUCCCACUGAAGAAUGGUUCCCAGGCUUGGAGAAACUGAAAAACGAGUACAAGUCAUGGGACUGGACAUUUGGCAAAUCACCAAAAUUCACGGUAACGAGAACGGUCGAUAUGCCAGCAGAGAAUGGUCAAUUCCACGCCCUUACAUUGACCCUGAGUGUGGAAAAUGGUAUAGUCGAGGACAUAAAGAUGAGUUUACCGAAAGACGUUGCUCAGGCAGACGGUAUCGAACACGCAAGUGUAAUAACGAGCCUGCGGGGAAGCGAGUACAAUUACGGGAUAAUGGAUCAAAUAAUAACGGCGAUGGGUUGCAAAAGCGCGAACGCAACCAAGAACGUCAAUAAGAGCAACAUAGCUGUUACACUGUGACGGCAAGAGAGCGAGCAGUCAAAAUCUGAUUCGAAAAAUGAUUAGAAAUUAUCUAUUUUAAUUACAUUGUAUAUUAUUUUUUUGUAUAAAAAUACAAGAAACAAAGAAAAAACAAAGAAAAUUUCGUAUCUAUGGUCCGGACUCUCGGGAUCUGAUACAAUCCUCUAACGCUCAACUCUUAUGACGCUCGCGGUGAAGAAUAAUUAAUAAUUAAGUUCGAAUUAGUAUAUAUUAGAAAUUUUCAUAAAUAUUUCCGUUGUUAUUCCCCCCUUUUCUUUUCCAUUAUUAUGAAAAAAGAAAAAAAUCCCUCGAGAAACUGCGUGGGACGCAUGUAUUAUAAAUAAUAAAUCGUUUCCGAUAUUCUUCAUCAAAUGAAUUGAGAUGAAAAAGUCA